CGGCAUUUCUCUUUAUCGUGAGCGGAAGGGAGUGAACCUCUGUUGCAGAAAUAGUGUCAUAUCACCUCUCUGUUUAUAGAUAAACACUAUUGUUUUUUUAGCUUCAGGGGUCCUUGUUAUCUCUCAUCUGGGUUGUUUUUUAUAGAUAUAAGCGUUCUUAUUUUAAGCUUGAGUGAUGCCUGUUACAGUAAUCGAGUUCUGAGUUUAUGUUCAUGGUCAAUUUCUUGUUUUCAGCUUGAGGAGCCCUUGUCGCCGUAUAUUCAAGUGCGCUGUAUCGAUGGCACCAUGGAAAAGGCCACCUCACUUGGUGGAUCGUGACCGGGAUGGUGAAGCUCCCGGUAACAAGUCUAAGAGGAGGCAAGGCGCCUCCGUGGCCGCUCCGGCACAGAUUGGCGUUACUCGUGGUAAUGGUUUACUCAAAGAAGAUGAUAAGUUGGUGGAAAAGAUUUUUGGGCCUAUGAUUCGCAGAGUGGUGGGAGAAGAACUCGCAACUGCACUGCGACGGCACCUUCACCGAGGGCCAAGUCCAAGCGGACACAGAAAGAAAACAUUACAACUGCGUUUGAAGGGAUCGCCCAGCGAUACUUAUACAGGCGUUAAGGUUGAGGCCAAGAAAGCAGCUUCACUUGAAGUUGCUCUGUAUCAGUGUGAUGCUGCUGGAGUUGAGGACCGCAUAGUCACAGAAGGUCCUCUAUCCUCCACAGGGAUAGAGUUGUGCCUUUUACACGGUAGCUUCGGUUCCGAUGGUCGCGAGGAUUGGAGCUCCGAGGAUUUCCGUCGCAACAUAGUACAUCUAACAAGGAAGGGAGGGAAAUUGCUCUCUGGAAAUCUGUUCCUAAGACUAAGAAAUGGAGUUUGCACUGUGGAGAACCUUUGUGUCAAUGAUAUAUCCACAUGGGCUAGAACUGAACAUUUCAGGUUAGGCGCCAAAGUCGCAGAACCAACUCCAGAAACAGAGAGCAUCAGGGAGGGUAUAAGUAAACCUUUUAGGGUCAAGGAUUGUCGUGGACUGGGCUACCAGAAACCUGACACUCCAUCGUUAAAUGAUGGGAUUUGGCGUUUAAAAGGCAUAAGAAAAGAUGGGAAAAGACAUAAAUUGCUGCAAUCCAAAGGAAUAAACACUGUCGAGGCUUUCUUGCAUCAGUUUAAUACCGACCCAAAUCAACUGAAACAGGAGAUUAGAGUUGGAGAGAAGGCAUGGAGAAAGCUUAUCCUCCAUGCUAAUGAAGCAUGUCCCAAACAAGAUGCCGGGCAACCGUAUCUUCCCACAGCUCCUCUUAACUCGGAGCCACAGCAAGCUGGGCAGGGCCAGCCACAACAUGAACUUCUACUACCUGUUACUCCCCAGGGCUGGCCGUCCACCUCUCAGUGGCAUUCAGGUGAAGCGGUGCAUGCUGGACAACAAGGCGAAGUGAGUCAUGGAGGGGGUGACAUUGAGAGCUGGGUGACCGAGCUACUGAACCCCCCUCCUGCUCAUGAAGGACAUAGCGGCGAGCAGUUUUCGUGGCCCAAUUCUGGUAUAUACAUAUCAAACAGAGGCGGUGGCACAACAAUUUGGAGACAGAUUCGAAGUGCUGUCAAGGCCACUUGGACUUGGCUGCGUUUUUGUCGAGCCAAAAGAAAGGGAAAGCUUGUCCCCCGUAACUAUAAAAUCUACUCCCCGGUAUUGUCCUUGAUUUCUCUAUCCAGGCAUGCGGACAAAAAAAAUUUGACCUCAAAUUCUUAAUAUAAAAUCUAGUUUGUAUUCCAUUUACUUGGGUAUACGAGGUAGUGUUUUGUUAAAUUGUAAUCAUAUUUUUGUUAAUUAUACGUUAUAGAACAUCAGAGAUUGUUUUAUUCUAGAAUGGAUUGGGAUGUCAUUAUUAACUCACAGAUGGCUUCGCUUUUUAAUUUGAUGGUUGCGUUCCGCGUCCAGUAGCAAUGGACCAUGACUUCAGCCUUUCCUUUGGCAGCACUCUCAUUUGAUAGGUUAACAUGGGGAUUAAGAUUAUCGUUAUUAGAUUAAAGAGAACUUUAAUGAACGACACGUGGGAGCUCCCACUCCUGAAAUUUGGCGGGUUGCCAUUGACCGCUAUGCAUAUUGGGGGAAGAUCGAGGGCAUUAUCGUCAUUUGGAUGCCACUGCGCUAGGGUUUUAUGUCCAUUCACAUUGUCGGUUUCCUAGUCUCGCCGGUUCGCCUCUAUUAUCCACCUCCGGUUCGCCUCUAUUAUCCACCUGCUUUGCUCUGUACUCUGCGGCAGCAUGAGUACGAGGCUUGCUCGGGUGCUUAUGUACACGACCUCUGCACACGAAAGUUCUCGUCUCGGUGAUUCGGUUUGUUUGGUUUCUUGAGUCCUUCAUUGAGUGGGUUGAUGAUCAUGAUGGAUCUCCAGCAAAAGGAAACGUCUCAUGAGGAAUUGAUUGAUAACAAGAAGUGCUGCACUGAUUGCAAAACUACCAAGACCCCACUCUGGAGAGGGGGACCUUCUGGGCCCAAGACUCUGUGCAACGCUUGCGGGAUAAGAUACAGGAAGAAAAGGGUUUCGACGGUGGGAUUGAGACUGAACAAAGGACAAGAGAAGAGGAGAGAGAAAACGCAGCGUCGGUUGGUGGGAGAGCUGUUGGUAACGAUGGAAACGAUUUGAAGGAGUGUUUGAAGAUGAAUUUGGUGGCAUUAGGUGAGGAGGUUUUGCUGCAACGGUCACAUUCGGCGGCAAAGAAGCAGAGGUGGCGGAGGAGGAGGAGGGAGUUAGAGGAGGUGGAACAAGCCGCCUUCUGCUUGAUGGCCUUGUCUUGUGGGCUUGUUUUCGCGUAAAAUGGGGCAACAAGACAACUAGAGUAGCAACAUAACAUAGUCCGAUCAUCGUAUAGCUAACAUAUUUCUCUUUUAAUCUUGGUUUCUUAGACUCGAGUCAUUUUCAUUAUGUGGUGUAAAAAUGGUUUAAGUCGCAUAGGCGGAAGCAGAGUCCAAGUAUAGGAAAGUUAUGGUUUUUCGGCUUUUGGUGAUAUUUUCAGUUAGGAAUUAAUAUUUCAUGAAAUUCUGGCGAUCAUGUAGUCCUUUUCUCUGCCCUUUCUACUUUGUCCCGAGGGCAUAAAGCCAGAAUUGGAAGUGUCGGGUUCAUAUUACCCUUCUGAUUUCCUCGUAAUUUAGGCCAUAACCUGAAGAGGUCUAGGAUAGCACAUGUGCCCAAAAAUGAAAUGUAAGGAAGCGAAUGAAGAGUGCUAAUUGUUGA